CUUAAAUUGACAUCGGUCUGGCUCGAAACAUGAUCACAGAAAAGCCUUCCCCUGCGCCUCUCUCUCGGGCUGUCCUCACCCCGGAUCACUGGGAACUCAAAUAAGGAGGCGUAAAGACGCACGGAGAGGAUCCCGAGCUGUAUCCUACCCAGAGGGAAUAACAAGAGACCUUUAUUCCACACACACACUCACACUCACACUCACACACUCACUCACACACUCACACAUCGUAGAUCUUUAAAGUGUUCAACUGUAGUGAAAGUUAACAUGUAUAUGCACGCGUUCAUACGUGCGAGCCUGGGAUUUGUGGGCUUCUGCUUGGUCGCCUUUGUCCAACAGUCAGCUUCAGGAAGUAAAACCUCUCAAGAUGUGGAUGAGUGUGCAGAGGCGCUCGACAACUGCAGCAUCGAUGCCAUCUGCCAGAACACCCUGAAGUCAUACAAAUGCAUCUGCAAGUCAGGCUACAAAGGGGAUGGCAAACAUUGUGAAGAUGUCGACGAGUGUGCAACUGAAUACAACGGUGGCUGCGUCCACGAGUGCAUCAACAUCCCAGGAAAUUACAGGUGCACAUGCUAUGAUGGCUUCCGCUUGGCACAUGAUGGGCACAAUUGUCUAGAUGUGGAUGAGUGCUCAGAAGGCAACGGCGGAUGCCAACAGAUUUGUGUCAACAUGAUGGGCAGCUACGAGUGCCGCUGCAGAGAAGGAUUCCUCCUGAGUGACAACCAGCAUACCUGUAUCCAAAGGCCUAAAGCGCAACCAGAUGGCUCAAAGGAUGGACCCACUUGCAUGGACAAGAAUCACGGCUGUGCACACAUCUGUAGGGAAACGCAGAAGGGUGGCAUCGCCUGUGAGUGUCGACCUGGAUUCCAGCUCACGCGUAACAUGAAAGACUGCAAAUUGACAUGUAACUACGGUAACGGGGGUUGCCAGCACAUCUGCGAGGAGACGGACCACGGCCCCAAGUGUUUGUGCCACAUGAAGUUUGUCCUGCACAGCGAUGGAAAGACUUGUGUAGGGGAGAGGAGUGUCCAGUCCCAGGCAGCCCCCCAGCUGUUCCCCAAUGAGACCUGUGCAGUGAACAAUGGCGGCUGUGAUAGCACAUGUCAUGAAUCUGUGACUGGAGUCCGCUGCAGCUGUCCUGUUGGCUUCACUCUGCAGCCGGACCGCAAGACCUGCAAAGACAUUGAUGAGUGCCGUCUUAACAAUGGGGGCUGUGAUCACGUGUGCCGAAACACAGUGGGCAGCUUUGAGUGCAGCUGCAAGAAAGGCUACAAGCUGCUGACCAAUGAGAGAACUUGUCAAGACAUCGAUGAGUGCUCUUUUGAUCGCACCUGUGACCAUUUCUGCGUCAACUCUGCCGGAAGUUUCCAGUGCCUCUGUCAUAAAGGCUACGUCCUCUACGGCCUGGCGCACUGUGGGGAUAUUGAUGAGUGCAGCAUAAACCGUGGGGGUUGUAAAUAUGGCUGCGUCAACGCCCUGGGGAGUUACGAAUGUACCUGUCCACCAGGCCACAAGCUGCACUGGAACAGGAAGGACUGUGUUGAGUUGGUGAGGUGUCCUCUUGGACUGCUGGUACCAAAGGCCACUCUGACCUGCAGCAAGACGGGCAAGAAGGAGAGCUGCUCUCUUACCUGUGCCUCUAAGGCUCACUAUCUGGCAGAGUCUGAUAACAGCUACUCGGUGAGUUGCGGUAUCCCCAUCCUCAGAGGGAAGUCUCCAGCCAGGCUCAACUCCAGCAGUAGUCAGAGCUGCAUAGAGAAUUUGGCCCCUCCAGUGAAGCAGACAGCUUCUUUCAAGAUUAAAAACGCCAAAUGUCACCUCCACCCGAAGCUGACCGGCAGGACGGAGGACAGAGGACGGACACUUGGACCAGGAGGGGGGCAGCCCUGCAGCAACUGCCUGGUGACAUUUGUCAACCUCAAAUGUGACUCCUCUAAGAAAUCUAAAGGGCGUCGUGCUCGCAACCCCUCCAACAAAGAGGUAACACGUAUAACUUUGGAGCUGGAAGCUGAGGUCAAACCUGGAGACACUACAGGAAGUUGCAAUCUCAGCUGCCUGAGACAGCGCAUGGAGAAGCAGGUUAAGACGUAUAUCAAGGCUCUGAAGAAGUCCAUCAACCAGGAGCGCUUCCUGAUCCGAGUCGCUGGUUUGGAAUAUGAGGUGGCCCAGAAGCUUCCCGGGUCGGCUCCCAAUCAGGAGAACUGUGGCCCGGGCUGGGAGAGGGACAGCGGCCGAUGUGUCAGAUGCUUGUCGGGGUCUUACUACCAUGGUGAGCAGGAGCGCUGUGUCCAGUGUCCUCCUGGCACUUUCCAGGAGAAGGAGGGGCAGCUGGCCUGUGACCUUUGCCCCGGCAGCGACGGCCACGGGCCAGUCGGGGCACGAAACAUCUCCUCCUGUGCAGGCCAGUGUCCAACGGGGUCCUUCUCCAGCGACGGGUUCAAGCCUUGUCAGUCGUGCCCUCAGGGCUCCUACCAACCAGAUUUGGGACGGACCCUGUGUUUCCCCUGUGGGGGGGGACUGGGCACCAAGCGGGAAGGUGCCAGCUCCUUCCAUGAUUGUGAAGUCAAAGUUCAGUGUUCUCCUGGUCAUUACUACAACACCACAGUACACCGGUGUAUCCGCUGCCCAGUGGGGACAUAUCAGACAGAGUUCAGACAGAACUACUGUAUUUCCUGCCCUGGGAACACCACCUCUGAUUUUGAUGGUGCCACGAGUGUCUCGCAGUGCAAGAACAGAAUAUGUGGUGGUGAGAUGGGCGAAUUCAUGGGUUACAUUGAGUCCCCCAACUAUCCUGGUAAUUACCCUGCUAAUGUCGAGUGCAUUUGGAACAUCAACCCGCCAAGCAAGCGCAAAAUCCUAAUUGUGGUGCCGGAGAUUUUCCUGCCCUCUGAGGAUGAGUGCGGAGAUGUGCUGGUUAUGAGGAAGAACUGGUCGGCUACAUCCAUCACCACCUACGAGACAUGCCAGACGUACGAGCGGCCCAUUGCCUUCACAGCUCGCUCCAGACGUCUCUGGAUUAACUUCAAGUCCAAUGAGGCAAACAGCGCCAGAGGCUUUCAGAUCCCCUAUGUUACUUAUGAUGAGGACUAUGAACAGCUCGUAGAGGACAUAGUGCGAGAUGGAAGACUCUAUGCCUCCGAAAACCAUCAAGAAAUCCUCAAGGAUAAAAAACUGAUUAAGACUCUUUUUGACGUGCUGGCUCACCCAAACAACUACUUUAAGUACACCACUCGGGAGUCCAACGAGAUGCUUCCUCGCUCCUUCAUACGCCUCAUAAGCAGCAAAGUCUCCGCUUUUCUGCGACCAUACAAGUAAAGACUACAGAGCUGCUGAAGCACGGGAUUGUGACCCCGCCCCCCUCACCCCAGACCCCCCUCUCCACCCUAUAGGCCAUCCCGCAACUGUCCCAGGACUUAAACACAAACAUACUAGUAUGUUUACCCUCUCUUAUUUUCCAUAGGCUUUGACAAUAAACACUAUGCAGACCUGAGAAAUAAUGAAAAUUUGUGUUUUUAGGUUUUUUUGUCAAUCUCCAUUUCAGCGCAGGUCUGCAAUCCCGAGCUCAAGCAUUCAGUGGGGAUGUAGAGUAUGUGAGUGGGUUUGGUUUCUGUUGUGCAAUGAAACCACAAAAAACAAAACAAUAGAAGCGCCCAUUUCAGACGGUAGGAGUGACGUUUUGUGUGCACGGUUUGAGCGUGAUAGAGCUAGUUAUUGUGUUUGCUUAAAUGAGCGGUCUGAGCUCCAACUCCUACCAUUAAGUAUGACUGUAAGUGUUGUGUAAGUGUUGCGUAACCCCUAGUUCCAUCUUCAGUGUCUGUGGGCUGUCCUCGAGGAGGAGCGGCUGGUAAAUUCAUGUCGCAGCUACGUUCCAGGUCAUUCAAAGCCUUACUAUAUUUGAGCUCUUAGAGCGGUUUCCAAGGGUUUUACUGUUAAAACAGUUAAUGUUUUGUUCCGUCUGUCUAGACUGUACCAGCGUUUUUCCAACUUGCAGAUUAUUUCUGUUGCCCUUUUGUUUUUAAGCCAAUUUAAAGCAAAUACGGAUAGGUGUUUCAUCAAUCCAGGAACAUAGUGGACAUUUUGGAGAUGAAUAACAAACUAAUAAUUGAGAGCCACAGAAAUGAGAUAAUGUGAUGUCUAGAGGAACAUGUCUCAGAGAGAGAGAGAGAGUGAGAGAGUGAGAUAGAGAGAGAGAUAGAAAUGUCUUUGAGGGACAUUAUGUUUGCUGCUUCUUUUAAAAAGGUCACUUUAAUUCUUCAAUCUCAUAUUGUCUUUCUGAUGUACUCUACACACUAAUAGUCUCUAAGUUUAAAACUAAGGAAGCUCCACGUCUGAAAUACUUAGUUCUUACACACAGUAAGUUGAUAAUGUCACAUUGCCUGUCUGUGGACUACCAGUUUUAUCGUGUUUUUAUUUCAAUCUUGUAAAUAAUGAAAAUAAAUUAGACGAGGGUUGAAUUCUUUAAUCCUAAAUUUCGUACGCAGGACCCCAAAAUUGCUUUCUGCCCUUCAUGUCCAACCCGUCUCAAAUCCAAAGACACCCAGUACUCAUUUCAAACACCCCACUUGCAUUUUGUUCUGUCCCAAUGAAGACAGCUCUUCCAAAGACCACCCAAAAAGGACGGGUCACUUUGUUUUGUGCACUAAAUUUAGAGCCCCGUCAUCCUACCUUUUGAGUACAAAGUGCAAUGAAUUACAACACAAAUUCAAUUUUGGUAACGCCCUUUUGUGACCCACAACAAAGCUUGAGACUCAUUGUAUUAAAUAUUUAUCAGUCACUCUGGGCAGAAGAUGUUUAGGUCGUGUACCUGCUCUUAUUAAGAGAAAUACAAAAAAAAAAAAAAAAAAAAAAAA